CUCAAGUCAAUACAUUAUCAAGAAGGGAAAGCGAACUCAUCAAACAAAUUCAAACGGAGGUCGAGUUACAUCCACAUUCAAUUCGCAAGUAUGCAAGCACCUUGGAGCCGAUACUUAGACAAAAGAUUGGACUACUGAUUGUCCUCUAUGAAUCGGUUCGAGAUGUGGCUUCUAUAUCAAUUUUAGAGGAGCAGCUGCAUGAUCUGGACUGUGGUGAAGACAACAGUGUCAGUACGGAGACCAAUCUUGGCAGCCCUUAAUUCAGUUGGGAGACGGGGGGGACAGAACAUCUUGGCGGCGUUUGAAUUUCGCAACAGUACUUUCAUUGGAACUCCAAGAGCGACAGCAUUCCAGUUACUUCUUUAAACUUUAGAUUUGUAUAGUUAGUGCUAUCUAACACACCAUGGAGAAGUACUCACGCUGGAGGGAUGCCGGUACAGGAAUUCAACCUUUUUUGCCACCUGUCCCACCAAGAUCGGAAACGACUGUACUUUCAGUUGGCACAAACGUUAUUCGCUUGCUCGUUGGUCCUGCUCUUGCUAUUGUGAGAGUCGCAGUAGUAUUCGUGCUGCUAGGCCUGUAUGUUCUUUUCAUCAGUGGCAUUGGUGGCAUCUUGUCGAUAGCUCCACCGCUACAACGAACAUGGAACGCGGUUUGGAUGAAGAUUUUGGCUCGAAUGGCCUUAUUUGUGAUAGGAUUUUACAUUAUCCAUUCAGAAAACGUAUCUGUUCGUAGAGGUCGUGGUCAUUCAGCUGGCAAUCAGAAGCAAGUUUCGGUAUCUGUAGGCUCUGGCGAUGUGAUCAUUGUCAACUCCAGCUCUUACAUUGAUAUUCUCUACUUGACCUUUCAAUUUUCGCCAUUGUUCACCCAGAUCGAUGCCACCACAAAUCAAGUAAGAUUCAUUACUGCACAGGAGGCUAUUGCACAAUGUGGAAAAUACCCUGAAUUAUCAGUGGAUGCAAAAACAUAUAGUCUGAAAGAGGCUUCUAAAUUGGCAAAGAAGCAAGGAUUGGGUCCUAUUGUUGUGUUUCCCGAAGGAACAACUUCCAACGGUCGAGCACUUCUCAAAUUCAUUCCUCUAUUCAAAGAUUUCUCUUUACCUGAGAAAGAGGUUAAAAUUCAUAUUUUAGCCUUGAAAUACGAAUACAACCAUUUCUCUCCAACCUACACCGUUGGAAACAAGGCUGUUCAUUUCUUGAAACUUUGCUGCCAAGUAUCAAACACUUUGCUGGUGAAAUGGCUCGCACCAAAUGAAUCUCCUUCAUCACCGAAUUUCAGUAUUGCAAACAUGAUUUCUACAAGCCCAACUGCAGCUCCUACAGCUGCCAUUCCCAAUGCUGCCACGGAUGCUGUUGCUAAUGAUGGAGAUAGCGUUGGUGCUCAGUUGUUGACACUUUUGGGAGGCAUCGCACGGCUUAGAAAGACAUCGCUUGGGAUUAGAGACAAGAUAGAGUUCUUGGACUACUACUUUCAACGCACUGGAGGGGUCAAGCCGAAUGUUAAAAAGACGAAGAAGAACAAAUGAAAAACACAUCGAAUAGACAGAUUUUAUGGCCGUUGCGAUUAUAGUAAAAUGUUGUUCUUCCUGAAUGUUAUACUACAAUGUCCGAGGGAAGUGAGUCGAGGGUGAUAUAAUUGUUACAGCACUAUAUGCUGGCUAUUGUUGCUUUGACGGAGCACUGUCAGUGCCUUCGCGAGCAGAUGUUUUGGUAUUCUGGGAGUACACAAACGAUCCCACAAUCAUAGCUGCAAUUGUAAAUC